AUGCCCAGCAGGACGGUCCGCUAUGUGGCCUACAGCCCCCGGCAGCGGCGCCGCCGGAUGCUGGCCCAGCGCACCGUGCGCUUCCCCAACGACGUGCUGUUCCUGGACCACAUCCGCCAGGGCGACCUGGAGCAGGUGGGGCGCUUCAUCCGGGCCCGCAAGGUGGCCCUGGACACGCUCUACCCCUCAGGCCUGGCAGCCCUGCACGAGGCAGUCCUGUCUGGGAACCUGGAGUGCGUGAAGCUGCUGGUCAGAUACGGGGCAGACAUCCACCAGCGCGACGAGACAGGCUGGACGCCCCUGCACAUCGCCUGCAGCGACGGGUACCCCGACAUCGCCAGGUUCCUCCUCUCCCGGGGAGCCGAUCGGAAGGCGGCCAACGACGACGGCGACCUGCCCGCCGACCUCAUCGACCCCGACUUCCAGGACUUGGUGGAGCUCUUCCAGGGCGCCGGGGUGGGCUAG